AUGAGGCAGCAAUUCAAUAAGAAUGGAGGCUUCAAAAAGCAUAAGCCAACACCUGGCUCUACUUUACCAGCCGCUAUGCAAGAAGAACUCAAUGAACAAGAAAAGGACGAUCGUAAGUUCGCUAAACGUUUUACUGUCAAGAUCGCCAAUCGUAAAGAAUUAAGAAAGCAAAAAAGACAAGAGAAAGGCAAAAGAAAUGCAAGCUAUCAUCAACGGAAACGACCUUUUGAAGACAAUAGAAAUCAAAAUAAUGAUCGUAAUAAGCGUCAAAAGAAAGAAGCAACAACUACAACAACAGCUGCUGCAGCUGCAACGACACAAUCAAAUAAACAAUCAGAUACCCACAACAAGAAGCAAAAGAAAGAGUUGAUAAAAAAGAAUAGCAAAAAAGAAAAGUCUUCUGCCGAAGCAAUGAAUCGACUAUCAAAGACAAAUCCCGGCCUCUAUCAACUCUUGAAAUCAGAUAAUCUUUUGGAAAAUAGCACUCAUUCAGGACAGGAUGUUGUGGAUGACGAAGACUUUGCCAAUGACGAUCGCGAAAUUGCUUAUUUCGAAAAGAAGCUAGGAUUAAAUAAGAAAAAAACCAAGAAGCUUGGUAAAGAUUUUGAGGACGACGGCUUAUUAGACGUCUUAGGCAAUAUUGCGGGGGAUGAUGCAGAGGGUGAAAGUGCUGUUGAUGAUGAAGAGUAUCUUAGAAAUAAGAGACAAAAGGCUCUGGAAAAGCAAAAUGCUUCAAAGAUGGAAAAACAAGCCGAGACUGCUGUUGAUGAUAUAUUUGAAGGAUUAGAGAGUGGCGAUGAUGAUGAAGAUAUAGAAAUGAGUUCGGAAUCAGAGAAUGAAGAUUCAAAAACAACGAGCGAAGAUGAAGAAAGCAAUAUGGAAGAAGCAAGUGAAGAAGAAGAAAUCAGCGAAACAGAUGAAGAAGCAGUACUUAUUGACGAAGACGAAGUUGAUAGUGAUGAAGCAGCGAUAAAUGAGGAACUAGACGAUAUUUCCGAUGAGGAUAACAUUGCGAAGGAGAACGAAGAAAAGUCAGUAGAUUCCGCAGAGACAACAAAAAAGCAGCUUCUAGCAAAAUAUGUCCCUCCACAUUUGCGAAAAGCAGCAAGCGGAAAAUCAGAAACACAACUACGAUUGCAAAAGCAGUUGCAAGGUCAACUCAACAGAUUGAGUGAAAGUAAUGUGGAAAGUAUCCUGUUGGAGAUUGAAAAAUGCUAUGGCUCUUAUCCUCGACAUGAUGUUACGUCCACAUUGACUGAUAUUAUUCUCACCUCUAUUUCGCAAAAGACAAAUCUAUUGGAUUCUUUUGUUAUCACUUACGCUACAAUCGUCGCUAGUCUUUAUCGCUUGAUUGGUAUUGAAUUUGCUGCACACUUUGUACAAACUUUAAUCGAAUCCUUUGAAAGGGAAUACAGCUCAUGGAAAGAAUCCAAUGAUUCAGGGAAUAUAAAUGAAGAAGAGGGUCCUUCAGGUGCGCGACAAUCCAGGAAUCUUCUGACACUGACUUUAGAAUUGUACAAUUUUGAGGUUCUAUCUUGUGUUAUCAUCUAUGACUUGGUCCGCCUGUUUAUUAGUAACCUUGACGAGAGCAGCGUUGAAUUGUUACUCAAAACGAUUCGAACUGCUGGUCCUCAAAUGCGUAACGAUGACCCUGCGUCCCUGAAACAAAUCAUUGAGGAGAUACAAAAGGAAACAGCCAAACGUGAUCCCAAGAAUAUCUCUACUCGUCACAAAUUCAUGCUUGAAACGAUUAAUAAUAUCAAGAAUAACAAGAUCAGACAAGGCCAAGUCGCAGGUGGACAAGGUGAUAAAGAGAUGGUCCAAAAGAUGAAAAAAUUCUUGAACGGCCUCGCGAAAAAACGUUCUGUACGUAGUACAGAAGCUUUACGUGUUAGCUUGGAUGAUAUCCAUAACGUGGAAACCAAAGGUAAAUGGUGGUUAGUCGGUGCCUCUUGGAAAGAUAAUCUGGUCGGUACAGAGAGCAAAUACACCUCCUCAAGCAAAGUACCUGAAGAUUUGAAGAAAGACCGAUCUUUACAAGAAGCUUUGCUAAAACUUGCCAGAAAGCAAGGUAUGAAUACAGACAUCCGUAGAACUAUUUUUGUUACCAUCAUGAGCGCAGAGGAUUAUUUGGACGCCUUUGAGAAACUAAUGAAGUUGGGAUUAAGUGAAGUACAACAACGUGAAAUUUGCCGCGUUAUGUUACAGUGCACAGGAAAUGAAAAGACGUUCAACCCAUACUAUAUGCUUGUGAGCAGGCGACUUUGUGAAGUGGAUCAUUCUUUCAAAAUUACAUUCCAAUAUUGUCUUUGGGACUUUUUACGUGAAUGCGGCGAGACUGAAGUGGGUGGCCUAGAACGUACAACAGCUGAAAACCAUGUCGACGAUGAUAAUGCUAAACAAAUUCGUUUAAGCAGACUAGCAAACCUAGCAAAAUUUUAUGCAGCUCUUAUUGCAGAAGGCGCGCUAACUUUGGCUGUAUUGAAGAGUGUUAAUUUCAUGUCUGUGCGACGUAACGGUCGUAUCUUUUUGGAAAUUCUCUUUGCUCAUCUAUUUCUGCAGUUACAUGCAAGUGGAGCUCAAGCAGUUGCCAACGUUUUUGGUAAAAUCCUGGAUUCUCGUACAUUAGCACAAGGGUGUAAUUUCUUUAUAGCAGAAUCUGUUGUUAAUGCCAAACACACAGGAUUGAAUGAAAACGAGUUAGAAAAGGUUCUGUGGGGUUGUAAGAUAGCUAGAGAGAUUCUUAGCAGUAGUAGUCGAUAG